CUUCGACAAAGAGCGGCUGCUGACGCGCGCCGGGGCAGAAGCCGAAUUGUAAACGUGCGCCCGCCGCGACCGCAUGAGUCCGAGCAGCUGCUUCAGUGCCGGUGUCUCGCGAUUCGAGUCGCGCUGCUCGCCGCAGCUCUUUGCGUGGUGCGGUGCGUUGGGAAGACUUGGCUUGCGGACGGCGCUGCCCCCUUUGGAGUUACUCAGCCAUGAAUGAGCCAAUUAAGAAGAGCUACCUGCCUACCGUACACAAGUGCCCGUGCCUGAAGAGCCACCCUGUGGUGAUGCCGCGUUCGUUUCCGGAAGAAGUGCACCAGCUGCGCUGCCAGGAGGGCCCCGAGGCCGGCACGGUCUCCAGUCUGAAGCUGCACGUUGGCAAACUGUUCCGGUCGACGUCUGCGACGACCGCCAACGGCGCCGCGCCGCCCAGUCCCUCGCCGCCAUCCAGUCAGACGUCCAUACCUCCCUGGAACCCGGCCAGGCGCAUUGUCACCUUCGUCUGUCUCGUGUCGCUCAUCUGCACCGCCAUCAUCGUCGCUGUCGUGGUCGCGGCCGUCCUGCUGUCGCGCCACAUCGCGCACCCGUCGCGGCAGCAGCACCGUUACCGGCGGCUCAUGUCCGACGUGGCCGUGGACGUGGUGCCCAAGCCGCAGGACCUGGUCGACCGCACCAACACCAUCGUCGUGCACCGCAAGAACCCGACCGCGUGGCAGUCCCAGUCGCGCCAGCUGCGCUCGCUGCUGGACAGCUACGCCGUCGAAGGCGGCUCCCGCUGUGAGCCGGGCAGCCGCUGCCCCUUCCCCGUGGGCUUGGUCAGCGACAACUGCAGCGAGGCGGACUUCUUCGGCUACCGGGAAGGCGCCCCUUGCGUGGCGCUCGUGUUCCGGCGGGCGCCGGACUGGACGCCGCAGCCCCUGGCGCCCUCGGACCUCGCGUCUCCCGCGGUGCCGGACGAAGUGCGCGAGGGCUACGACCCGGGUCUGCUGUACGUCACCUGCAAGAGCGAGCACAUCAGCAGGGACAUCGACAUCCGUUACUCGCCCUACCACGGGUUUCCGCUUCGCUUCUUCCCGGCCGCCCGGCAUCCGCCGAUGCUGAUGUUGCACUUUCCGAACCCGCCGCUUCGCACCGAGAUCUGGGUCACCUGCCGUUUCUGGGCCAAGAACCUCGACCAGUCCAGCAAUGGGAAGGUGACCUUCAAGCUGCUCGUCAUGUGAGCUUUUGAGACGACUAGUGCGACACGGUCAGGGCCCAUGCAAGACGGAGCCGUUGACCUUGUCCUUGGAGCGACCGCCUCUCCUCCAGUCCUCAGAAAACCAGCGAAUUCGCCGCUGACGUCGGCAGUGAGCAGUUUUAAACCUCUUGGUGCUCGUAUGUGCACAAGCAGUGAUCCUGCCGGAACAGCAUGAGCGUCAGCAUAAGAGUGUGAUACUGCUGAGAGUAGCUGGUAGUCUUUGGUGCGCCUAAACAAGUAGCGAGCAUAUCGCUGUGGUCUCGGUUGCGUAGCCACUGUGGACAGUUACACUCAAGUGCCGGCACCCUCGCAUAACUUACGUCAUCAUUGGACUCCAUCAGUGAAAUGUCACCUGCGUUUUGUGCUUGUCAUCGUCACGCGCUGCUUGCCACUUAUGAGACUAGAAACGUGCUUCCUCGUGAACAAAACUGAAUGUGCGCAUGAAUAUGUCGCAGUGUGUACGGAGUGCAAGAACAUUCCGUGUGUGGCCGAAUUUAGAAAGCACUCAAUGGCGAAUGACUGCGAAGCAGCGAUUGCCCAUUUACCGUGUUAUCGUCCUUGCAUAACAGUGGCGUUUCUUUCUUACUUUUAUUUAUUAUUUUUGCUUUCUGUCACCAAGGUUGCUGCUUGUACAAAUGGAAUAGAAACCAGACGCAGCUCUCGAUAAAAAAAAAUUGAAGAACCAUGGCACCUAUUCAAAACAAUGCCAUUGGCCCGAAACUACCGACGUGGCUAAGUUUUUUUUCGUUCGCUACGACAACCUUCACGCUGACCUACAGCGAGGUAGAUUAAUUGUACCCUGAAACACGGAUACCCUUGCGCAUUUGUUCGAGGUCCUAAUGUUUCUCUAUUAAUUUAUUAUAAACAUUGUUUUGUUAAUUGUAAGUUAUAAUUGUAUAUUGUGCGGCGUGAUGCAGUGUAAAUAUGUAUUCUGAGCGUUCAUAAGCCUUCAGGCUUAACUCGAGUGACCAAGUUCGUAGCCUGAACUGCACGAUGCGGCAGAAACCAACCGUGGAUGUACGGAACAUGCAUGUCUUGCAAAAUUCCAACACGGCGUUUUGAUGUACUCCUGUGUUCGCUACCACUUCCACGACGUGUAUUCGGUCCGCGAGAAGAAACUCUUUCGUGGCUGUAGGCCUGGGCCGAAGCAUCUGCACUCUAUUUUUGUAUGAAAGCGCGUUCUAGUGAACGCGCACGAAAAUUCCCAAUCUAUUAUACUUCCGUUAUCACAGUUUACCGCACCAUUUUCUCUAAGCGUUUAAACUUCUUCACAUGACGCAUUCGUCACUGUCGUGUGUCGUACAGCGUUCAUUGCAAGUGAUCCUCACUGCCUGUGCCUUUGAGGGCCCGCCUGGUGAGUGGAAGAGUGAAAAGGUCACUGCACUCUUUUCUGGUAGAUAUUUUUCUUAGUAAUGUUACCAAACUACCCGAUGAAGCAGUCAUCAGCAGUCACUUGAAUGUUGACCACUAAUCUCGGAAAGGCUUCGUCACAAACCUCUCUCCCAGAUUCUCUGAUGAUUAUAAUGAUGAUGAGUAUCCCUUUUAAAUCAAGGUAGUGGCACAUGCUCCCGAGAUUGUUCGUUAAUAUGUUCUGUUUGGGAGCUGUGCAGAGGUCAUGUCUUUCGUUUGCAAGAGAUGGGCAGUAUCACAGUAGAUGUUCUAUAGUUUCCUCGACACCGCAGGCAUUGCACUCGGCGCUAUCUUUUAAUGAAGAGAGAAAACAUCAAGCAGAGAUAGGCGAUAUGCUGGGCUGCAAAAUAUGCAGUAGAGAGAGAGAGAGAGAGAGAGAGAGAGAGAGAGGCUCUUUAAAACCUGAUUAGCCCGAACAGGAUAGGGGAAUAUUUGUCACCGCUCCGUUUCGAAGGGGAUGGCGAUAAAAAUCAUCCUCAUCACAUUUUAUCGGGAGUGAUGGAACGUUUCUGUGCUACGGGAGUCGGUCUUUCAAUUCAGCUAGGUCGCACGAUCUUAUCCAGUUUCGCCACCGUUGUGACAACAAACGUUAAAAUCACCGCAUUUGGCCGCUGAACAACCGGGUAAACGUAAAAGAAAGUUAAAAUUUUCUUGUAGCCUGCGCAUGUUUCGCAGGACGGGAAUGCACAGUUUUACCUGCGGAUACUUUCAAGCUACGCUCGCUGCAGCGGAGGCUUUGCGGCUACAAUGUUUUCUUUUUAGCAUUAGACCGCAGCUUAAUUUCUCGUUGCAUUACAAAGGAAGCAAAGUGCUAGAACAUUCUUGUAUUGUAACCUCGGUGUAUGUUAUACAACUUCAGGAGGUCAAAAAUAAUCGGAUACCCAUGGCGAACCCAAACUGAGGCUUUGGAACGUUGGCGAUAAUGAAUGGGACCUAAAGGCUCAGUGUGCUCCCCCCCCCAGUGUAGGUUAGCCAACUGCACUCAGUCCUGGUCAACUUCCCUACGUUUCUAUUAUCAUUCUCUCUCUCUCUCUCUCUCUCUCUUUCAUAAAACUUCGCAAUGGUAAUUUUUAUUGCAGAAAGGAGUUAAGGAGUUCGAUGUCUUGAUAUGACAUGAUAUGAAAGUGCGGACUGCGACGUAAUGAAAUUCCUUUUUUGGUUGGUUGAUUA